AUGCAGUCCCCCUUCAGCUACUCCGACUCUUGCUACUCCUCCUCCCCCGGGGGCAUGGACUUCUUCUUCUAUGGAUCCUCACCUCUCUAUGAGACCAACCUGUGCGACCUCGACGCCGCAAGUCCCUUUGUGCCUGACCUCGUCCCCGAUGCGACAUACUCCUUCACGAGCUCGCCGUACAUGUACUCUCCCGUAGGCAACAUUCCGUCCACCUUCUACGACAUCGCGGCGACCAGCGUGCCUAGCUCCGCCAGCAGCAGCUGUGGAAGCUCCUGCGGCAGCAACAGCUGGAGCAACCUGCCCGAGGAGGUGCCCAUGCCCAACUACCCCCUCACCUCCUGCGACGACUCCGGCCCCGACUCGCCGCCAGUGCAGUCCAAACCCACAAAGCCCUUCGGCUGCGAUAACUGUGGCAAGUCCUUCACCCGCUUCGCAGACCUGAAGCGCCACCAGACCAGCGUGCACUACCCCGUCUUCCGCAACUGUCCCGUCGAGCACUGUUCGCGCAAGGGCAGCAAUGGCUUCCCCCGCCAGGACCACCUGGUCGAGCACCUGCGCUCCUACCACCACCUGGAUGUGCCGAAGCGCCGAGCGAUGAAGCGCUCUGCCAAAGUUGCUGCGCUCUAG